GAUGAACAUUUUGAUCUUAAGGGCUCUUGAGUAGCCAAAUUCCUGGACAAUUCAUGUGCAGCCACUCUCCUGUGGAGGCCAAAGUUAACGUUCAAUUGCAAGAAGUGAUGAAGACAGCAAAAGUUGACCAACAAGGCAAUGUGAAUUUCAAGGAAUUCAUUAGGAUUUCCCUGCUCCUACCAAAGUUCCCCCAAGAAUCAGUGCUGAAGGAAACGUUGAGUGCUAUGAAUAAUAUCAAAGAUAACCGCAUCCAUGUGGAUGAAUUGCACGGAACCUUGGCAAACUUGGGUAUCCACUUGACACCGCAAGAGGUCCAGGAACUGCAGAGCUCAGUGACGGUUUCCGCUGUUCAGAGUACUUUCGGUGCAAUCAGCAAGAUCUGCAAGGAGAAAAUUAAAAUGGAGGACCUGCCGGCUGCCCUUGCAGACCUGGGCAUUUGCCUGUCCUCUGAGGAACUUCAGGUAGUUUUGACAUCUGCUGCCAUUGAUGAAUCAGGAAUGCUGGAUGGGACAGAAUUGCUGACGAUGUUGGUGGAUGCCCCACGUUUUACUGAAUUUGUUGCCUUGAAGGAUGCUAUAAAGGUUGUCGAUAACAUCAAAUACAAGAACAUGACCCUACCACAGCUGAAGGAAACCCUACAGGACAUGGGGAUACACUUAACUAGUUCAACUUUUCAGGCAUUAGUCAACCAAGUCAAAGUUGAUGAGAAUGGCGAAAUCAAUUUCAAAGAUUUCUUGGUAGCAUUGGGUGAAACUCCAGAGUUCAUGGAACUGGAAGCCUUGCAAAGGGCCAGUAUUAUGAUGGAUGUAUCACACGGCAGACGCCUGCAUUUGGAUGACCUGGAGUCUACCCUAGGUGAUGUGGGCAUCCAUUUUAAACAGGGAGAGUUCCAGGAAGCUCUGCAUAACUUCCCAGUGGCUGAUGAUGAAACUGUAGACAUGAAAAACUUCUUAAUGUCCCUUGGCAAGAUGCGGCGCUUCUCAGAAUCUCAGGCACUCCACAGUGCUACUGAAGCCUUCAACAGGAUCAAGGGUGAGAAACUGAAAGUCAAUAAGUUAGAAUCCAUCAUGGAGUCACUGGGCGUUUCACUCAGCAGCGCAGCGUUCAAGGAGGCCUUACAACGCAUCACUGUAGAUGAAAACGGGAUGGUGAAUUUCAAGGAAUUUCUGAACCAUGUAAUUGAGAAUGAGUGCUUCUCUGAACCUGCAGCCAUUCUUCAUGCCUAUGGUGUCCUCAGCAAAGUGCAAGAUGAUAAAAUCGAGAUUUCUGAACUGGUUGAAGCCUUGGGGGCCAUCGAUAUCACGCUAACCAAUGAGGACAUGAGGGAGGCGCUGGCCCAUGUGGCAGUGGACAGUGAUGGAAAGGUGGCUCUCAAGAAAUUCAUGAGUGGAUUGUCUACCACCCGGCGAUUUUCAAAACUCGCAGAUAUAGAAGAAGCUAUAGAAGCAAUGAAACAGAUCAAGCAAGAUAAGAUGAAUGCGAAACAGAUGAAGUCCAUCAUGUCUAAGAUGGGCAUCCACUUGUCACCAUCAGAGAUCCAGCAAACAUUGAAGAAUGUUCCUAAGAAUUAUGAUGGGACAGCUAGUCUGAAAAACUUCAUGUCUGAAUUGACCAAGACUUACAGGUCUUCCCAAGCUGAAAGGGACAGAGUUGCUGUCAAAAACUUGGACACCAUUCUGGAAGGCAUGGACCUCAGCUUAAGUCAAGAAGAGAUGGAGCAGGCUCUGAAGCUCAUUACAGUGGAUGAGGAUGGGACAGUAAACUUGAAUUCACUCAUCAAGACUGUAAAGUGCUUGAAACAGCUGUCCAGUGCUGCAGGAGACCAAGGAAGUUCCAUUGCUGUGGAAGAUGUAAAUUCCUUUCUAUCCAGCAUGGGGAUCUACCUAACCAGAGAGGAACUUGAAGAGGCACUGGAGCAGAUGAGUGUGGAUGAAAAUGGAAAAGUGAACAUGAACAAUCUGAUGAAUAGUGUGCUCCGAACCCGUACAGAAUCCCAUAGUGAAAGGAAAAUGAUUUCAGCCGAAGACUUGAGUUCCACUCUAGCCAAGAUGGGCAUCCAUCUUACAGAACAGGAGAUGGAGGAGGUUUUGAAACACGUCCCCCGUGAUGCCCUUUCUGAGGCUCAGUUGCUGGUGCCCUGUCAAAGAGGCCAGCCUUCCUCACUGGAGUGCCUGUUGUUCAGCCUUAAAAAAUUCAGGAACUACAUUACCCAAAAGACCUUGUGA